GCCACCAUGAAGACUUUGUGUGUCACUGCUGUUGUUGUGCUGAGUCUCACCUCAGUGUGCCAGGCUGCGUCGCUGGCCUGUAAGAAGCUGCUCAAGCCAGUGGACAAAGCUCCAGAUUUGCGUGGGAGUUGGUACUUCAUCGCCAUUUCCUCGCAAAAUUGUUGGGUUUCAACUAUAAUGACUUCUGUUUUUUGGUCAAGUAUUGAAGUGAACAUUACCUCCAAAGACACGCCGAACAUCUACACUGCUGAAUUUAAGUAUAAAAUUCAUGGAUAUUGCGAUAGGAAUUCAGAAGAUUAUUUGUAUGAGAACAACACCUUGUUUGAUGUCAACAUCAACAACACUCCAAAGGGUCAACCAGAUGUGCUGCUGCAGGGGGGCUGUCCUGACUGCUUCGUUGUAAAGGAGGAUGAAGGCGUUUUAUUUCUCUUCAGUAGGAGACAGAAUGUCACUGAUGCUGAGCUGAAGGAGUUUGAGUCACAGGCAGGUUGUCUCGGCUGGUCCAAACCACAGGCCUUUGACUCUGAUCACGAUUAUAAAAACUGCCUGUCACUUGAAGAUGAGGACGAUACGUCAAGAUUAUCAUCCUUGAUCUUUGAAAGAAUCAAAAACACGUAUACUUUGCAACUCAAGUGUCUCACAGAGACUUUUUAUUCUUUCCCCGACGCUGCCCUUCAGUGGACUCAGCAAAGUUGGUCUGACUUUUUUUCAUUUUGAAGGGAAUUAUUACAGCUUGAUUUUCUGUUAAUACACCCUCAAACCCCUUUUUCCUUGAUUUAGGUUUUUACUCUAUGGUGCUUUUUACAGCAAAGACAGUAUAUUCUCUCUUUUAGACAAUUCAGCAUCAUCAAUAAUACCGGAUAUACUAAUGAAUAAGGUUUAUUCAUUGUAACAUUGAUUUCUUUUGUCCCUUUUCUUUUCCAUUUUUAAUGAAUAAAUGAUUAGUAAAUUGUGACAGACUUGUGCAAUACAGACAGAGAGUUUUAUAAAGAAAUAUUUAAACUCAGCCUGCUGAUGGAUCUGAAACACAUUUUUAGACUUCCCAGUUGUGGUGAAAAUAACAAAUGUUUCUCUGAUUCACAUCAAAUAAUAUGAGAUGUGUCUACAAAUGAACUCGCCGAUGUGUGGUUAUUUGUAUUUGUGCUAAAGUGUUUUGGAUCAAGACUUGUGUUUAAUGAUAAAUCAAAAUUAAAUUUAAAAAGAGUUUCACCCUU